AUGUCUGCUUUAAAUAAUGCCGAGAAUAAUGGAGAGUCAAGCAACUCAAAACGAUCCUCUCUCGCAGAUUCCGAUAGAGUGAAUCAGGCUAUGCUUUAUGAAGCAAUAGACAAGGUUUUAAAUAAUUUAAAAAAUUAUCUCCCAUAUUCUUCACCUUUUCAAAAAAAAGUAAAUCAGAAAGAUGCACCGGAUUACAAUGAAGUUAUCAAGAAUCCUAUGGAUCUUGGAACGAUCGCUAAAAAAUUAAAAAAUCGUGCUUACAACAGUAAAGAUGAGUUUGCAAACGAUCUUUAUUUAAUAUAUACGAAUUGUAUCACUUACAAUACUCAUCCAGACAAUAUCUUUCGAAAGUAUGCUAUAGCUAUGAAAAAAAAGAUGGAUGAGCUACUUGAGGCUGUUCCAGAUGUUAAAAUUCAAACUCUUGCCGAAUAUAAAGCAAGUUUAAAACAAGAUAAUGGUGAAUUAUUUAAGACGGAAAAAAAAUCGCCGUCAUUAGAUCAACUUACUGAAAGUGCCUCGAGCGCAUCUUUGCAAGUAGAAGAUGAGCCACCGGGUACUGAUGCCGGAACAGAAGAUGUUCAAAUAGCAGAUAUGACGGGGCAUUCUCAAGCGUCCCAAGAGAAUUCAUCAGAUGAUGAAGAAAAGGAAGCGGAUCGAGAGGUUCAAGAAAUGCUCAAAAGCAUAAGAUUGAUAAGACCGACUCCUAAAUUGUCCGAACUAUGGGAUCCUGAAUUAGAUAACCCAAAUCGUGAUAAAUUCUUUGAUCCAAACUAUGACCCAAGCACCGAUCUACCAACGCUUGAUCAAUACCCCCAACUUCAAUUCCCGAAGAAAGGCACUGGCGCAAUGAUUGAGAAAAAUAUCGAAAUCCUUAAGCAAUCCCGAAUUCUUCAUGCUAAACUUGUGUCUGCAAGACAUAAUAUUCCGUUGAGUCAUCUCGGUAUUUCAGAUAAACCUCCAGAAGAGACUUCGAUAAUUAAUACUACGAUUGAUCAAAAGGAUCUACCUCCCCUUAACUUGAAUAAAGAAGCUGGCUUUGCUUGUAUGCAACGUGUCGUUUCUAGAUUAUGUCAACACGCAGGAUUUGAAGCAACUUCUGGUAGGGCUUUGACUAUUUUGACCGAAGUAGCUCAAGAUUACUUCUUGAAUCUGAGUAAAACUUUACGUGCAUAUAUGGAUGAUUAUAGCAAAAAGAUGACAACCGAGGAAAUGAUCAAUCAUUCUUUGUAUGAAAACGGUGUUUCGUCCGUCAAGAACCUUGAGUCAUACAUUCAUGAUGAUAUUCAACGUUAUGGUACGAAACUACAUGAUAUUAAGCGCCGUCUUGAGGCUGCGUUAUUGCAACCUGAGGAAGUCAUGGAUGAUAUCCCUGAUAAUGAUGAUGCAUUUUUGACGGGUGUUUUUGGUGGGGAAUUACAAGAUGAUUUCUUUGGAUUCAAAGAACUUGGUUUAGGUCCUUUGCAG